AUGCCACUGAUGCUGCGUUUUGUGCUCGCCAAUUUGUUUCCCAGACUACUGGAAUCAUACAAAGAUUUCGAGGAACGAAAAGUGGCAUCGGAUUUCACACGACAAGCUUCUGCUCUGGCCACUGUAUGCCGGGCAUUUUUCAAGCAAAUACCCAAUUCGAACGAGAAACUGCAUAAAACAUGCGCAAAACUUGUUCGCGAAUUAAUCCAGAAAUAUGAAAUUGCUGACAAAGCGGUACUGAAGGAGAUCUGGCAGCUGUACACGCACAUUGAACGAGCUGGCAAUUACCAUACGCGCUAUUCGAACUUCCUACGUUUUGCUGCUUCUCAAGUGCUGAUAUCGUUAAAUGCCUCAAACGUAGAGUUGUUCGCCGAAAUGCUCGUCGCUGCCUGCUCGGCUUCAUUGUCGGAUGCUCGGCUGGCUGUUGAAAUGAUUUCACAAAUCUUCAUG